AUGCCUGAAUUUGACAUUGAAAAACAGCCCUUGAAUCCACCUUUAGACAUCACUACUACCUUGCCUAAAGAGGAGCACAAGACAAAACUUCCGUCCAGGGCAGGCAGUCAGGUACUGGAUGCCAGAUACUACAGCAACUAUGUCACACUCUCUGACAAUAUCAUGUUCAAUAUUGAAGAGAGCCAUCAGCAUGUGAACAAGAUCAAGGAGGCGCAAAAAGAAGUCUAUGAGCAUGCCAUUGACAUUGACAAUACAGCUCAAAACAACAGACGUGUGCUAGAAAAGCAGACAGCUUUCGUAAAUGAUCGUCUCAACUACAUUCGACAGACCAUCGCUACCAUUGAACCGUCAAAGCCAACGUUAUCAGAUCUUGACCUGAGAAAUCAGAGAUUCAAGAUUAUUCUCAGAUCGUACAAGGACCUGCUAGAGAAAUACAUCAACAUCACAUUGGAGAGCCAGCGAUUCACCUCGGUCUUGUUUGAAAACCAAAUCAAAUCAGUCAAUCCACACGCCACAGCCUUUGAUCUGGAGCGAGCCAUCAGCUCCACUGGCGAUGACUGUCCGUCUGUGUUUGUGCAGAUACUGAUGCAAAGGGGAAUCCGUAAGAACGAUAAAGACACACAACGUAUCAUGCAUAUUGUGCAAGACAUACAUCAGGAUCUGCGGCUGCUGGCAAUCACAUUCGCUCAGCUAUCAGAAAUGCGAAAUGAAGUAAACAUCGUGAUUGAACGCUAUAGACGUCGAUGGCCAGUUAUACUCAAGGAAGGUGAUUCCGUCUAUGUGAUUGACGACAAUUUAAAUCUGCUGGAGAAGACGCUGGUGGGUACACAUAUCGAUUUUGAAGCUUUGCUGCGUAAGCGAGAACGACGCAAUAAGCUGGUUGUGAGCAUCAUUACUGUGGUUACUAUUUUUGUGGUGAUUGGCAUUGUCAUUAGCUCCACGUUAUUUUCCGAUGUUUAA